AUGACAAUCGCCUGCGGUCUAUCCAAAAACACCGCCCAAAUCAUUGUUUUCCGCUCCUUCUCUGGUAUCGCGGCUUCUUUCUGUCUUCCCUCGGCUGUCAGUCUCAUCAACGAAGUGUUUCCUCCGGGCAAGGAGAGAAACAUCACUUUCGCUAUGAUGGGCGGAGCUCAGCCGUUUGGUUUCGGCAUUGGUAUGGUCUUGGGUGGUAUCUUUACCGGAACUGUCGGUUGGCAGUGGNGGUUCCACAUUGCUGCUAUCAUCAACUUCUUCAUGUUCAUUCUUGCCGCAUGGCAGCUACCUCCUACGCCUGUUGCUCACAAACACCAGAUCUGGUCACGGCUGGCGACUGAUAUUGAUUGGCUUGGCCUCAUUCUUGCAAGUGGCUUUCUCGCCAUGCUGUCUUAUGUCAUUUCUGCAUUGACAGGAGAUUUGACUGUGAUGAAGCAGCCCGUUAACAUCACUCUGCUCGUUCUCUCAUUCGUCUUUCUCGGUGCUUUCGUUCUAUGGGUUGGCCGCCAGGAGCGUCUCGGACGUCCAGCACUGAUUCCAAACUCUCUCUGGCAACACAAAGGAUUCUCGUGCAUCUGCUUCAACGUCUUUUGCGUCUGGGCGGCCUUCAACGCUUUCGAGCAAUACGCGAAUUUCUUCUUCCAGGAUGUCCAGNGAAACAGUCCUCUUGGCACCGCUCUUCGUUUCUUGCCUGCCCCCGUGUCCGGGGCUCUUGCCAACAUUGGAGUCGGUCUACUUGUUCACCGCAUCCGUGGGGACUGGAUCGUCGUCCUCACCAGCAUUGUCUCUGCCCUCGCUUCCCUCUUGAUGGCCAUCAUCGACCCUUCCUGGUCCUACUUCCGCUGCGCCUUUGUCGCCCAAUUCUUCAACCCUGUGGGCGCAGACGGUAUGUUCACUGUUGCAAACCUGCUCAUCACAUCCAUGUUCCCACCCAGCGAACAAGGCGUUGCAGGCGGUGUAUUCAACACAAUCUCUCAGACUGGAAAGUCGGUGGGAAUGGCGUUGACGUUGUUGAUUGCACAGCAAGUUACUGCAAACUCGAAGUACGAGGACAAAACCAGUCCUGAGGCGUUGAUGGUGGGAUACCGAGCGGCGUUUUGGUUUUGUGUUGGAUUGAUUGUGGCGAGUUUGCUUGUUAGUGUUUGGGGAUUAAGGAGAAUCGGAAAGGUGGGGCUCAAGAAGGAUUAG